UAUUUAGCAAACUUUUCUUUUUAAUAUCGAACUAUAUAUUUUUAAAUUUUUCUUUUCCUGCCGUUUUUACAUUUUUAAAUUCAGUAUAAGAAACACGCGGAAAACACGCUAAAGAUGUUAUACGUGAAAAAAUUGCGUUUAUCGCGCGAAUUAAUUUCGCAUCUGUUACACGAAAUUUAACGAAAUUAUAUCAGUAUCUCGAUGUCUAUGUGCUGCAGUAGCUCGCGGAAUCUUUUUCACCGUGUGACUCACGGUACACAUGGAAUUGCUAUUGGCAUUCUGUCCGGUUCUCAUCUCAGUAGACUGUGAACCAUUGGCGAGGGAGGACGUGCCUCCUGUGCCACUUGUCAGUAACGCGCACGUGGCGAUUUGUGUCGGCAUGCACGGCCAAAGGUGACAACCGGCUAGUAUUUCAAUUUCCUGCGUUCAACCGAAAAAAAAACCGAACGCAUCGUAAUUAAGAAUCACGUUUAUGUUAACUACACUCGUAAAAAUAAUUAUCGGGUUGUCAGUAUGAUUGAACAAGCGGACCAUGAGUAAAUAGAAAGUUAAUCUAUCUCGUUGGUGCAAUUCUAAUGAGUCAUAUAAAUGAUACUUUGUGUUAAAAUUAUCGGAGAUACUGCACGCAUAUGCAAUCGAAAUGGAUUUCUGCAAGCAAUACAAAUUUCUACAUAUACUUCCAAGACCUGCAAAACGGAUCGUUUGGCUCUGGCGUGCCGAAAACGGCACGAUAUUCCAGGUACCGGAAAAUGACUUGCAAUCAACGACCGAGUGUCUCGUCGAACUGAUGAAUAUCUUCGUCACUAUUUUUACAACACUCGUUGCUGCGAUUUUAAUUUUCAAGUACAAAUGCAGCGCGGUCAGAAAGCCUUCUAAGUCGCUUCUGCCGCUUCACACAAGCAGAACUUUACUUUGUAUGUUACUACUGUCAAUUCUUUUAUUGGAAUUAUGCGAAUCCAUACUGACAUCGAUCUCAUUGUCAUCAAUCUUGGCGACGAUCGCCGUAAUGUUUUGUUGGAUUUUGCAUCGCGAAACCGAGAUGAGGGAUGGUUUUGGUACCGCCGUGUCGGGUGGUGGAUUUACGAUAAUUGGCCUUUCCCGAGUAUGGAAGCUUUUACACUUAUGCAGGCUUAACCUGUCCAUCCAACACGUUCGUGUUGUAACAAUGGGGAUUACCGCUGCUUGUUGCGGAUUACUCGCUAUUAUCGAUUCUUACACCCUUUAUCGUAUGAUGCAGAAGAGCAGGCGGUAUACCGUUAAAAGGCUCGAUAACAUGCGGGGCUCUUAUGUGCACUCCGCCUCGCCGUUCCUCAGCAGAAUCACCUUCCACUGGGUGACUGACCUGCUGUCACGCGGUUAUUACGCAUCACUCGAACUCCACGACCUUGGACAACUUCCGAACGAGGAGACGGCGAGGAACCAGUUCGAACGUUUCCGCGAUAUUUACGAAACCGAAAGGCUACGAAGCCGUGGGCAGAAAGUGUCAUUAUGGAAAUGUUUCUGGAAACGAAUAUGGUUGGCUUUCGCGGCGGGUGGUGCCUUAAAAUUGCUAGGCGAUAUUACGACUUUAGUAGGUCCUAUGGCAAUUUCUAAAAUCAUCAAUUAUGCGUCAGAUCUACAAAACAAUACUAUAUUGAACGAAGAUUUCUCUUGGAAGGGAGCCAUGACAUUUUCUCAAAUUCUAAAAAAUGGGUAUUUUUUGGGGAUCUUGGUUUUUCUUGCGACCAUUUUGCAAAGUACAAUAAGCCAAGCUUCUACUCAUGUACUCUGCGUCGAAGGAAUACGUUUGCGAACAGCUCUUCAGGCGUUAAUUUAUGAUAAGGCUCUUCGACUAUCUUCUUGGAGUAUUUCGGAGGAAGAAAAACCAUCCGACAAAGAAAAAAAAGAUCAACACUGUUAUCAACAAGCAGUUGACAUUGGAACUUUGACAAAUCUCAUGUCCGAAGACGCGUAUAACGUAAUGAGUUUUUUCUGGAUCGGUCAUUAUAUCUGGGCCAUUCCGUUAAAAAUUGCUGUUAUCAUCUUCCUUCUAUAUUUAAAAUUGGGUGUCAGUGCAAUUGUGGGAGCGAUUUGCUGCAUAUUGAUCGUCACACCGAUGCAGCUCCUUCUCGGGAAACGAAUGUCGGAAAAUUCCAAGUCUAUAGCAGAAAGGAGUGAUGCGCGACUACGUCUAGUUAAUGAAAUUCUUCAAGGGAUGCGACUUAUUAAACUACGUGCCUGGGAAAAUGUUUUCGAAGAUCGCAUACGCAGAACCCGAAAUCAGGAAUUAAAACUGCUGAACAAGGAUUCUGUGUAUUGGGCAGUCAUCAACUUUCUGACGCAUGCCUCCUCCGUUCUGAUGACCCUCUGCACAUUCGGAAUUUAUUUCUGGUUGGAGGAACGAAAUCUUGAUGCGGGAAACGUUUUUGCCAGUCUCGCGCUCUUUUCGCAGCUGACCGUGCCGCUCUUCAUCUUUCCGGCGAUAGUGCCGAUUAUCAUCAACGCUUUGACUUCUACAACGAGAUUAGAGGAGUUUCUUUUGCUGCCAGAGAUCAUAAAUAUCCUCCCCGAACCAAACGAUCGUAAAUCGGCCGCAGAUACAUUGUCGAUGACAAAUUCCUAUGUCGAUAAUGAUGUCGAAGUUAUUAACAGUGUGACAACUUUCGGAUCGCUCGAUAAUAUCGUGGAGGACGAGGAACAUCCGCGAGCGAAUAUCUUGCGCGAGUUUAAUUUGACAAUUAACUCCUCGGUUGAUACAGUAUUCGAAAAAGAUCCGGAAGUUCCGGAAUCUGUCGUUAGAAUUAGAUCGAGUACUUUCGCUUGGGGACCUGAUGAAAAUAAAUUAACCAUUAACGCUCUUAAUUUCCCGCGAGGACAGCUGACGAUAAUAGUAGGAAAGAUCGGAAGUGGCAAGAGCUCUUUAUUGUCGGCGCUCUUGGGAGAGAUUCAAAGAACCAACGGAAAUAUUGAGUGGACCAAGGGUCUGAAGAUCGCGUAUGUGGCGCAACGGCCGUGGCUUCAAAACGCGACUUUGAGGGACAAUAUUCUCUUCGGUUCGGCGUAUCGAUCACGAAGAUAUCGUAACGUUCUGCGUGCAUGCGCACUUCAACCGGACGUGGAUAUACUUCCCGGUCGGGAUUUAACUAGAAUAGGUGAACGGGGUAUCAAUUUGAGCGGUGGGCAGAAACAGAGAGUCACUAUAGCUCGUGCAUUUUACAGUGAUGCCGAUGUCAUCCUCCUGGAUGAUCCAUUGUCGGCAUUAGAUCAGCACGUUGGUCGACAGAUCUUUGAUCACGGCGUGAGAAAACUUAUGUUGAGAAGCGGUCGAACUGUGAUUAUGGUCACUCAUAGAUUGGACUUGUUACAGGCUGCUCAUCAGGUAAUUGUCAUGGAUAACUGUCGAGUCCGUGCUGUCGGAACAAAAUCCAAUAUCGAGGAUAUGGAUCCCGAAUUGGCGGCCGAAUGGCGAAUCGCAGAUUCAAGACAGGAGAAUGAAAAUCGUUUUCAAAAAACUGCCAAAGAUAGAUGGUCUUUGAUUAGACUAGUCUCUAGAAUUGGAAUCGGUAUAACAAAAAGACACGCCAGCGACGGAUCGUGGAUCAUCGAUCGCGAUGCCCAUGUGAAUCCUCCAGCAUUUGUACCUUUAAGAUUGCGCCGAACAACUUUAUCUGGAUCAAGAUAUCUGAGUCACGAUCUUACUGAUCUUCCGGUACCAACAGAAGAAUGGAAUACCGUUAGAAAACGAUCAAAGACGUAUCGCGACAGCGUCAGAUCGACGAGUUUUCAAACGCAAAAUCGGCGGCCACCGCCGGUUCUUCGACAGAGCAGCACACCGAUGAUUCUCGAGAAUCGAGAACACGUGGCAUCGAGAAAAAGAAACAACACUUACGACAAUGGACAACCCAACAGUAUGCUAAAACAAUUCUUCUCCACGAGAUAUCCGGAAGAAAUGGCGAUAAACAGAGACAAAAGUGUCCUACGUCGGCUGAUACUAAAUUCUAAUAAAAUUAGUCAACAACAGGAAUGCGAUCAUUUUCCGGUAAAACGAUUUCUAUCGAUAGAAUCGCGAACCAGUGACGAUAUGGAUGACAUGGAAGAAACUCUGGACGGUGAGGAUGCAAAUGAACAAAAUGAAUUUGAAAUCGACGAUAAAAGUGGAAUGGUAACUCGAAUGACUUGGAUGGAAUAUCCAAAGUCCGGUGGAUGGAUGCCAGGACUCGUUUACAUAAUAGCGGCAUUGGCCUAUCAAAUUCUUCGCGUAUAUACCGAUCUCUGGUUGAGUCGAUGGACGGAUCAAAGCGUUUAUUCGUCGACGAACGAACGUCAGGAUACGGUAUCUUAUUUCAAGGUGUACAUCAUCAUAUCUGUGGGCUCUAUCCUUUUAUCAUUUUUGUACAAUGUGGCAGGACAGUGGGCAGGUGCCAGAGCUAGACGCAAAUUACACCAGGAAGCCAUCGCUGGACUUCUCGGCGCGCCUAUCUCAUUCUUCGACUAUAAUCCAAUCGGAAAGAUCUUGAAUAGAUUUAGUGCCGAUAUGGGUGUCAUAGACAAGAAAUUAUCUACAUCGAUCAAGAGAUUAACAUCCUUUGUAUUACUUUGUGGCUCGGCGAUGAUUGUCAAUGUUAUUAUUUCACCGUGGUUUUUAAUCGCCGCUGUACCAACCAGCUGCGCUUAUUAUGUAUUACAAAGAUUCUACAGGCGAAGCGCCAGACAAUUGCAACGACUAGACGGAAGCACAAGGGGACCGGUAGCAGCGCAUUUCUCAGAAACUUUGUCCGGGCUUCCGACACUGAGGGCAUUCAAGCAAGAAAGUCGUUUCAUGGAGGAAACAAUGAGACGCCUCGACAUAAACACCAAUGCGUUUCUCAUUCUAAAUACUAGCAGCAGGUGGCUCGGCAUUGCAUUGGAUUAUCUAGGCGCUAUUAUUGUGGUAACAGCUAUUUUUGCGGCCUUACUUUCUGCAGAAUUAUAUCCAAGCCGCGUAACACCCGCUCUAGUGGGCCUAGCAAUCAAUUAUACUCUCUUAGUACCGAUAUACUUGAACUGGGUGGUCAAGUUUACUGCAGAAAUCGAAAUGUAUAUGGGAAGUGUGGUCCGAAUUUCCGCAUAUAGAAAUGCGCAACCAGAGAAAUAUCACGAAAAAGAUUUACGAGUGGCCGAUGAUUGGCCCAAUAAGGGUGAAAUUGUUUUUGAGAACGUCUCUCUGCGAUACGAUGUAGACAGAAAUCCGGUGAUCAUAGAUUUGUUUUUGAAAAUACCAGCCGGACAAAAGUUGGGCAUUUGUGGGAGAACCGGUAGCGGAAAAUCAUCUACCGUGAUGGCUCUCUUCCAGUUAAUCGAAAUCAGUCAAGGUCGUAUUUUAUUAGACGGGAUCGACAUCCGGCAAGUGCCUCUUCGAAUAUUACGAUCGCGGUUAUCGGCCAUACCGCAAGAUGCAAUAAUGUUUAGCGGCACAAUUAGAGAAAAUUUAGAUCCACUUUCGGAACAUGAAGACCAAGAAAUCUGGCAUGCCUUGGAACUCUCUCAAGUCAAAGAUGUUAUAGCUUCGCAUCCAGAAGGACUGAAUCUCGAGGUACGAGAAGGCGGUGAAAAUUUUUCAGCCGGUCAGUUACAACUCCUUUGUAUGGCACGUACGAUUCUUCAACGAUCAAAUAUCAUUGUACUCGAUGAAGCAACUAGUGCGCUCGAUGUACUCACCGAAAAGUCGCUUCUAAAAGCGGCUGCCGUUGCCUUUGAGAACAAAACUGUGAUCAUUAUCGCGCAUCGAGCAGUGGCUUUAUUAGGUUGUGACCGUAUUGUUGUUCUUGACGAAGGCAGAAUCAUCGAGGAGGGCUCACCAAAUGAUUUAAUGCAGCAACAAAACGGAAUCUUUUCUACAAUGGUCAAAACAAUUAACCAAAGUGACGAACCACAAUGAUUGUAAAAGAAACCAAAAACUACGUGUCAAUUGACUUCACAAUUUAAUUGAUCACAAUAUAUUGAUUAAGAUAAAAUUUUGAAAAGACUGCUUUAAAGAAGUAUGUUUUUUUACUAUAUUAUAGGAAUAAUACAUUUUUAUUUUUUAUACUGAUAUGUGUGACUAAUUUUCUAUCUUUAAACAAUAUUUUAUUUUUGUAUCAUGAAUAUAUUUAAGAUAAUUUAUGAUUUUUUGUAAAUAAAAGAAAAUAGAUUGUAAAUAUUAUAUAUGUAAUAUAUGUUGAAAUAAUGUGUAUAAAAGUUAAAUAUUUUUAUAAUUUAUACACACAUGCACGCGCGCGCGCGCGUAAAGAAGAAACAAGGAUAUAUAGCCUGGUGCAAGCGAUCUAAAACCACAAUCCAACCGUGCUUGAACACGUACCUGGUAUCGUACAGAUAAGUGCCAAACGACGAUAAUUACCAAUACCCCCACAUUGCCGAUCGUAUCUACUACCACGGAAAACGCAAAAGUAUUUUUCUGUUAGUGGCACCGAGGCCGGCCUGUCGAUAGCACCGGAGUUAUUUUGCCUAUCAGCACUUUUUGGUUCAGAUCGGCGAAUUGGCGGUGAUGCCGAUAAGCCUGACACGCGUGGAAUUCGAUAUCAAAAAAAGGUGUUAAGUGAACAUUCUAUUGACACAACUGUCGCAUCGAUCAUCACGUGAGGAAGUUAUUUUCGCCGACAACAGACGCGAUUAAUAAAUUAAUUUAAACGGCAGUUAUUAACACACGAUAUAUGAACUUUCUCUAUUGCAUCAGGCCGAUUUGUAAUAAAGGAAAAAAUAUAUGUGCUCGUUUCGAAGAUAAUUCCUACAACAAUACAGAAAUACUUGUUGAAUCUAAUUUCAAUUUAAUAAUGAAUUUGAACUAUUGGUGACCAAAUUCGAUGUGACGUGAUCAAACUGUCAAAUAAUUAGACUUCAGUGAUUUUGCCAAAUUUUUCUGAAUUUGACGAUUCGAUAACAAACUAUCAUUAUGUGAUUAAGAACAAUUCGACAGAAGUGACAAGAAUGUAAUUGUGAAUGUGUUUUAGAAAAAGUACACGUGUCUAGAGUGGAAUAUUUUACACUUUAUCGUACCUUGCCGCAUGAGAUCACAAAGAUAAAUCGGUGACGCAACGAACGGAAUCGUAAAGUUCAAGAGGCAAGUAUUUCCGGUUAAAUAAAUUAUAUGCGCCUAUCAGCUCAUAUCAGCAAAUUUUUGCCACGUGUCAGAAGAUUCGCAGUUUUGAAAAUACGAGGAUACAAGCGGCUUUGUUCUGAGU